AUGCUACAACAAUUCCAGGUCUCAGGAAAUGGCACCAAUUUUGAUGCUGCUCGUGGCCCGAAUGGCAUUUGCGGCCCGUCGACAACGAUUGAUGCCCCAGCAGAGCCCCGACGAAAUCGAGCCUGCGACGUUUGCCGGAGGAUGAAAAUCAAAUGUGACAGGACGUGCCCCUGUAGCCAUUGCCGUGACUCUUUCAACGAUUGUGUAUUCUCGCACCCACGGCGGAGGAAGCGGAGCCUGGUUCAGCCUGACCGGAUAGAACAUCUCGAGAAGCGGUUGAGGGCAGUCGAAGAGUCAUGCCGACAGCGGGCUGAGCCACCAAACGUAACGCCCCCAGUCGGGUCUACAGACAUCGUGCGUUCUAUCCAAGAAAAUUCCAAUGACAAUCCUGCUUCAGACACCAGUGGCCGUGUUCCCAACGUCAGACUCCCCUCGGCUCUUGAAAACCAAGGCGAGGCUCGCUUUCUGCACUCUGCAGCGCACAUGGACUUUGUAAGACGUUUAAAAGAUGAGCUAGGAAACUGGCCUGGAGCAGAUGCGGAAAAUCGAGUGCGAGCAAGGAAUGUGCCGGCACCAAAGUUUUUCCCAUUGACAAAUGGCCCGGCUCAAGCAAUAUCAUUACCAUCGCGAGACAGAGCCCGCUAUUUGGUCAACCUCGCUUUCGACGCGCACUUCUUACACAAUUUCGUGCACCGCCCGACUUUCGAUUCCAUUUUCGCCCUACUAUUUACCUUGAAUGUCAAGGAUUAUAGUAGUGAGGAAUACCGAUAUCUUCCACUGUUAUUUUCCCUUAUGGCUUUGGGAUGUCUGUUUGAAAUGGAUGAUGAGGGGUCUCGCGAAGCAUUCAUCUUGGAAGGAACUCAAUACUUUGAAACAUGCCGUAGCUUGGCUGAUCCGCAAGACUGCAACGACUUGGUCAGUCUCCAGGCCAUUCUCUACAUGAACAUCUUUUUACUAUACACUGCUCGGGUAAGCUCAAGCUUCUCAGCUCUCUCCUACACGUUUUCCCUGGCGUUACGGAUGAAAUAUCAUCACGUCGCGGAGACUGAUGAUGAAUUUACGCGGGAAGACAAAAAGAACAUUUUCUGGACGACACGUCACCUUCUGGCCUGUGUCUCCAUUACAGGUGGGCUACCUAUGCCCAUUGGGUGCGACGAUCUUGAUCUGGAGUAUCCGAGUGUUUCGUGCGAGAGUAAGAUGCGUUCCACAGAGGCGCGUUCCGACAGGCCACAUAGCGUGCUACAAUGGAACCCAACCAUUGCCAGCGUCGCAUGUUUCCGACUCCAUAACGUCCUAGGUCAUAUAACUAAGCGUCUAUACCCACUGAAAGGCGUCAAGAAAACGCACAGCCAGGGGCCAUUGCGCCAUUUAGUGAGCAAAGAGACUGUCCGCGAACUAGAAAGCGAGCUUCGGUCCUGGUUGGUCUCACUUCCUCCAAGCCUCCGCCUCGGCCAAGAGAAGCAUCCAUUGCACAUCGAACGUGCACAGUACGAGCUAUGCAUGUCGUACGCACAUGCUCAGAUCUAUUUGUAUCGGCCUUUCCUGCACUAUCUUGGCACUUAUUCGACCGACGAGGUCGGAUCAGCAGAUGGCUUCCCCGCGUAUGCUUCCGCCUGUGUAGAUGCUAGUCGCAACAUCAUUCGGCUUGCACAGGAUAUGUAUCACAAAGGACUUUUUCGCGGAGUGCACUGGGAUAUUUCGAAUAUGAUCUUGGCCUCAUCCUUGACUAUGCUUUAUAUCGUCUUGGCGCGGAAGGGCUCCUCGGUCGAGGAAAUGGCUCUAACAGAGCUGCGCACUGCUCGGGAUCUUAUGACUCUUUUGGAGCCAUAUUCAACGCUCGCAAAGAGGACAAGCUUUGCGGUAAGGCUUUUGACGACGACAAUCCUGCCUGCUGAAACAGGCGACCUGUCUCCACAGAAUGUCGUGUCUAGUCUGUCCCCAAACGUGUCUGACUUAUAUACCACCGCUCUGGCUGAGAAAACAUUCGGUUAUGUAUUGAGGACCAAUGUAUCGGAUUACCAGGGGAGGUCGCCAGCUGGGAGACUAAGUAACUCGGUGCCAAUUCCAGCAGUGACCGAGUUACAGUCGGCAGAUAGCCUUCCGCAGGGACCUCUUCAAAGCGCCAGUACAGCAGGAAGCACGAAUCAGGGCCCUCCAGUGCUUACUGCCGCUCAACGGUCGAGUGCAUCUACACCUUUUCCGAUGCUAUCGAGCAUGUACAAUACGCCGUUCGUUAGUGGUGAGAUCACGGAACACAAUCCCCUACAUUCCACAUUCGUGCAAGAUUACAGCGUUAGCGGGGAUGACUAUGGAUACAUGAUCGACGGCACUGGGCCGAUCGACUUUAGUGAUAUGAUCGGCGAUCUGUUCGCUUCAGAAGGGCUGCUAUAA